AUGUCCCUGUCCAAGACGCUUGUCGCCGCAACGCUUCUGAGCAUUGCGAACCUGUCCAGCCCGGCCUUUUCGGCCGACGAAUACAACACAUCCAGCGGCCUUACGGCUGCAGGUGCCCCGCUUGGCAUGCAUGGUGUCGAUCCCGUCACCUUCGUCAAUCUCGGCAACCGGAUUGACGGCGCGGCCCGUCACACGGCGGUUCACGACGGUGUGGCCUAUUAUUUCUCCUCCAAGGAGACCAUGGACAAGUUCACCGCAAAGCCGGCUGGGUACUUGCCGCAAAACGGCGGCUUCUGCACGUUCGGCGUUUCGGUUGGCAAGAAGUUCGACGGCGAUCCCCAGUUUGCGGCCAUCGUCGACGGCAAGCUCUAUCUCUUCCUGAACGAGGAGAUCUUUCGUGAAUUCCAGAAGGACGAGGCAGGGACCAUCGCCAAGGCCGACGAAAACUGGAAAAAGAUCCGCACAACCGCCGCCAAGGAUCUUUGA